CAUACUAUAUCAUAUAUGAUGUUAAUAUCAUUCACAUUCACUUCACUCAUUCAUCAGUUAGCAGCGCAUCGUCGAACGGACCGCUCGCGUCAUUUGUUAUUGCAUAAGUUUAUUUGUUUUGACGCAGCUGUCAACCGAGUUAGAAUAUUCUCAACCAUGGGUAAAGUAGCAACAGCAGAUGCCAUGCGGUUCAUGACAGAGUGUCUGAAAGCGGUAGGGACAGCAGCAAAGGCAGCGGAACAACAAGCAGAGCUACUGUUGCAGGCAGACCGGCUAGGACACCCUAGCCAUGGCAUGAACAGACUUGAAUUCUACAUCAACGACAUUCUAAGCGGUGCCUGCAAGCCAAACAACCAGCCAAAAGUGUUGAAAGAGAACGCUUCCACGGCCCUGGUAGACGCUGACAAUACUCUUGGUGCGGUCGCUAGCCAUUUUGCGAUGGACAUUGCUAUUAAGAAAGCAAAGGAGACUGGAGUUGGUUGGGUUACUGUUAAAGGGUCUAACCACAAUGGCAUGGCAGGGUUUUGGGCCAAAAAGGCAUCAGAUAAAGGACUCAUCGGCAUGGCUUUCACCAACACCUCACCUUUACUCGCACCUACUAGAAGUAAAAAGGCAGCAUUAGGAACGAAUCCGCUUUCAGUCGUUGCUCCAGGAUCUAACGGGGAGACCCUAUACGUCGAUAUGGCCACAACUGCAGUUGCUGUUGGAAAGAUUGAAAUUCAGCGACGAAAAGGUGAACCCAUUCCAAGCGGCUGGGCGCAAGGUCCAGACGGCAAGGAAACUACUGACGCCAACUUGGCGUUCGAAACUGGCUGCUUGAUGCCGCUAGGAGGACAGGAACAUACGUCUGGUUAUAAAGGAUAUGGUCUGGCAGCUAUAGUGGAGCUCUUUUGUGGAAUCAGCUCAGGAUCUAAAUACGGCCACCACAUCCGCUCAUGGUCCCACAGCGGCGACGGUGGCCCCGCCAACCUUGGGCACUGCUUCGUGGCCGUGGACCCAGAAUGUUUCGCCCCAGGCUUUGGAGACCGUCUCGCUGAGAGUAUGAACCACUGGAGGCAUUUGGAACCGACGGACCCCACCCUGCCAGUCCUAGCACCAGGAGACAAAGAACGCGCAGCGGCGAAAGCCUGCGACGAAAAUGGAACCGUGUCUUAUGUGCAGCAGCAACUGGCAGCUAGUGAAGCACUGGCUAAGAAGCUUAAAGUCACGCCUAUGAAAGUGCUUUAACGAUACCCUUACUGACGAGCCUCAACAUCUAUUUGCCUCUUUGUCACUCGAAUAUGCAAGAGCGAUGGAGAUUGACGUAUACUUUCUUAAAAUGUCGGUUUUCACGGUCGCGGUCGGCAAAAAACUCAAAAAAGCGGAUGGCAAUCGACCUUGAGAUUAUCGUUACUCGUUUCUCGCUGACCUAUCUACAUUCCUUCCUUCUUUUCCUUUUGCCUUUUUCCCAUUAUUUGGGGC